CCAACUGGUUAAGUUUACAAGCUGGGUAGCUACAAGUAACGUGUACCAAAUUCAACGUGUAAAAAAAGUAUCUGCAUAACUGCAUUUGACUAGUAAAAAAAUGGAAUCGGAGAGUAUUUUAGUGACCUUUAAAAUAACAUCUGGAAAGCGUUUCAAUGUCACCUUGUCGCCAAAUUUGACAGUCCGUGAGACAAAAGUACUCGUUGAACCUCACUGUAAUAUACCAGCUCAACAACAACGGUAUAUUUUCAAAGGUCGAAUAUUAAAGGAUGACGAAACACUUGAGUCAUAUAAAAUUUCAACUGGAAACACAGUUCAUUUAGUACGUAGUCAUACAGAAGAUUCUAAGAAAACAACGACAGCUCCUCCGUCAACAGUGGAAACUUCGGAUGUCGACGCAUCAGGACAGAGUACAGGAAAUGUUAAUAAUUUUGGUAACUCACUGAAUGAUCAAUUUACAAAUUCUCUGACCGGAAAUCUGGGAGACACUCUUGGAGGAAAUAUGAAUCCUCAAUUUUUACAAUCACUCAUGUCGACACCUGUCAUUCAAUCUGUUAUGCAAGGGAUUAUGGCAAACCCCGAAGUGUUGCCAAGUAUUAUUCAAACGAAUCCUUUUUUAAAUCAAGUCGCGGGUUCCAAUCCAUUGUUGCAAUCAACGCUUUCAAAUCCUGAGUUUCUUCGUUCAGCUAUGAAUCCAUCUAUGAUUCAAGCCAUUAUGAAUCUUCAGCAAAAUUUACAAAAUCAAAAUGGUUCCAAUGGAGCUAGAACCGAGUCUGCUGGCAUUCCAUCUCCAACUCUUUCUCAUCAACAAACUCCAGGGAUUCCGUCUAUGACUCCACCUACAGAUCCACAAGGGCUAAGAGGCUUAGAUAUUCAAGGGAUGAUGGGCAGAAUGCUUCAAGAUACGGAGGUUUUACGCCAAAUGGAAUCGAUUUUAGGAAAUACUCAAGGGCAACAAAAUUCUCAGCUAGAAACUAUGAUGAGUCAAAUACUUAACACUUCUCAAAUGGCUCCAGGAACUAAUGAAACGUCUAUACCGCCUGCCACAAGGUUUCAAACACAACUUCAACAAUUAGAGGAUAUGGGAUUUAUUGAUAAAAAUACAAACUUGUUAGCUCUUCAAAGAUCAGGAGGAGACGUUAAUGCUGCCAUUUCCUGGUUAUUGGAAUUGACCAAUGGAAACUAAACCUGAAUUUCACUACUUUGCUAGUACAACAGGUUGAACUUGUUGCUUACAAAUUUCGACUUAAUUUUUUUUUGACGAAUUGAAAAAAAAAGUUGGAACUCUUGUGAUUUUUAUAUUUUUCAAAUGACAGAGUUAUAUUUUUCAUGAGAAAACAACGAGUAAUUUUUUUUUUUAAAUACAGAUUUUGGUAUAGAAUU